AUGCCCUCAGAGCCAGAAGCUACAGAGGGCAUGCCUGUGGCUGCUAGUGCUGGCAGCCAUGCUAGCCCACAUGCCUGGAGCAGCUGCAUCUUCCCUUCGAGCACAGCCCUGGCAUCUGAGAGAGCCAGUGCCAUCUUGCAGCAGGAGGAACAGCAGGAUGCCAUCUGCCCACUGCUCUUCAUCCAGCUCAACCAGCUCCUCAGCACCCCAGCAGGGCUGGAGUGGAGAGAGACAGCCAGGUGGAUGAAGUUUGAGGAGAAGGUGGAGGAUGGUGGGGGGCGUUGGAGUGCACCCCACGUCCCAGCCCUCCAGCUGCACAGCCUCUUCCAGCUGAGGGUGUGCCUGCAGGAAGGAACCAUUCUCCUGGACCUGGAUGCAUCAAGCUUCAAGGAAAUAAUUGACCAGGUGCUUUCUGGGCAGCCCGAGGGAGUGGGGCUGCAGCCCGAGCUACGGCAGCGCCUGGCAGCCCUCCUGCUGCUCCAGCCACGGCACCAGCCCUCCAGAGCCCUGCUGCAGCUCCUUGCCGAGUGUGGCGUCGCUCCCUGCCGAGGGAAGGCCAAAAGCUGUCCUGAGCCUGGAGCCCAGCUCUCUGAAACGCCUCUUGAGGAGCAGCUGAGAAACCGACUCCAGAAGAAGAUCCCACGGGGGACUGAAGCAGCCCACGUUGCCGUGGGUGAAGUUGACUUCCUGGAGAAGCCCUUCACAGCCUUCGUCCGCCUCAGGAGAGGGGUGGCCCUCGGCUCACUGGCCGAAGUUGCUCUCCCCAGCAGGUUCCUCUUCAUUCUGCUGGGUCCCCAAACCAAAGUGAAAGCCUAUCAUGAGGUUGGCAGAGCCAUGGCCACACUGCUGACAGAUGAGCACUUCCGCAGGGCUGCCUGGCAGGCUGAGUGCCGAGAGGACCUCCUGGCAGGCAUGGAGGCAUUCCUGGAUGAGCUGACUGUGCUUCCUCCUGGAAAAUGGGAUCACAGUGCUCAGAUUCCUCCACCCAGCUGCCUACUGCCUCCACACAGGUAGGCUGGAGGGAGGACACCUGCAGCCUCUGCCAGCUCCUCCACGGGCAAUGGGGACAUGGCAGCAGCUGCGGGCAGAGCCAGCCUGAGGCACUCACACUCUGGGGAUGAGCUGGAGAGGACAGGCAGGCUUUUUGGGGGCCUGUGGCAAGACAUCCAGAGGAAGCUGCCAUGGUACAGCAGUGACUUCUCUGAUGCCCUGCACCCCCAGUGCCUCUCAGCAGUGCUCUACAUCUACCUGGCAACAGUCACCAAUGCCAUCACCUUUGGGGGCAUGCUGGGGGACGCCACUGCCAACAUGCAGGGAGUGAUGGAGAGCUUCCUUGGCACAGCCUUUGCCGGCUCCAUCUUCUGCCUCUUUUCUGGCCAGCCUCUGACCAUCCUGAGCAGCACCGGCCCCGUGCUGGUCUUUGAGCGCCUCCUCUUCUCCUUCAGCCAUGACCACGACUUGGACUACCUGGAGUUUCGCCUCUGGAUUGGGCUCUGGGUGGCCUUCUUCGGCGUGGUCUUGGUGGCCACCGAGGCCAGCCACCUGGUGCGGUACUUCACCCGCUUCACUGAGGAGGGCUUCUGUGCCCUCAUCAGCUUGAUAUUCAUCUGUGACUCUCUGAAGAAGAUGCUGAGCCUGGCAGACACCUUCCCCAUCAACUGGCAGUACCGGCUGGACAACGUCACCUCCUACAGCUGCAUCUGCAACCUGUCCAGCCCCGGUCACAGCUCUGCAGGGAACGGAACGCUGCUGCCCUCACCCCUGGACCCCCAGCAGCCUCCUGCUGCCCUGGCUGGCCUGAGCCGGACCCAGUGCUUGGAUCAAGGUGGGCACCUCCUGGGGACUAGCUGCCAGUAUGUGCCUGAUGUCACUCUCUUCUCCUUCCUGCUGUUUGGGGGCACCUUCCUCUCCUGCACUGUGCUCAAGCUCUUCAGGAGCAGCCGUUACUUCCCUGCAGGGGUGAGGAAGCUGGUGAGCGACUUCGCCAUCGUCCUGGCCAUCCUCGCCUCAUGCGCUGUCGAUGCUGCCCUGGGCCUGGAGACGCCCAAGCUCCUCAUCCCCAGCGAGCUCAAGCCCACGAACCCGGAGCGCGGCUGGAUCGUCUUCCCCUUCAGAGCCAACCCCUGGUGGGUCUGCCUGGUGUCUGUGGUGCCUGCCAUCCUCGCCACCAUCCUCAUCUUCAUGGACCAGCAGAUCACGGCUGUCAUGCUGAACCGCAGGGAGUACAAGCUGCAGAAAGGAGCAGGCUUUCACCUGGACUUCCUCUGUGUCUCCCUCCUGAUGGUUGUCACCUCUGCCACCGGCCUCCCUUGGUAUGUCUCAGCCACUGUCAUCUCCCUGGCACACAUGGAAAGCCUGAGGAAGGAGAGCAUGGCCUCAGCUCCCGGCGAGCAGCCCGAGUUUCUGGGCAUCAGGGAGCAGAGGCUGACUGGCCUGACUGUCUUCACCCUGAUGGGAGUCUCUGUCUUCAUGGCACCUGUCCUCAAGCACAUCCCAAUGCCAGUGCUCUAUGGAGUCUUCCUGCACAUGGGGGUGGCGGCACUCAACAGCAUCCAGCUCACGGACCGCGUGCGGCUGCUCCUGAUGCCAGCCAAGCACCAGCCAGACCUCGCCUACCUUCGCCAUGUGCCCCUGCACAAAGUGCACCUCUUCACCUUCAUCCAGCUGCUCUGCCUGGCUCUGCUCUGGGUUAUCAAGUCCAGCAUGGCAGCUAUUCUUUUCCCAGUAAUGCUGCUGGCCCUGGUGGGGAUCCGGAAGGGACUGGAGUGCAUCUUCUCCCUGCAUGACUUGAGCUGGCUGGACAGCCUCCUGCCCAACACAGCCAGCAAGGAGGCAGAGGGGAGACAGCCUAGGAAGCAGCAGGUGGGGGGAUGCAAUGGCGAGGAGGUAAGUGAUGUCUUGCCUGCUGUGCUCCUUCACAGCCAUCCCCAGGGAUGCUUGAAUGGGGGAGAUGCGCCAGGCCUGAACUAA